AACAUAAUUAUAUGUCGUACCUCCUCUGGUAAAUGUUCGUAUAAAUUCUGUCAGACUGUACUUUAUCUCAAACAUUUGCACUGCUCACUGUACUGUACUGUGCUCCCAAAACCUGAAAAUUGAAAGUUAGUUAGAAAGUUAAUAGCUAUGUCAGUAUCAUCAUCUUCUCGAGACAGGCUCGAUUCUUUGCUUGAACGGGAUGAGAACACAAGAUGUGCAGAUUGCAAUGAGCCAGACCCAACCUGGGGCAGUACCAAUUGGGGAGUUUUUCUAUGCACACAAUGUGCAGGAGUUCAUAGAUCUCUUGGUGUAGAGCAUUCCUUUGUGCUGAGUUGUACUCUAGACAACUGGACUAAUUCCCAAGUUGACUUCAUGGAAGAACACGGCAAUGAGAAAGUGAACUCUUUCCUUGAAUUCUGUGUUCCUAAGAACAUUGAAGUUCCAUGCCUCUCUUACACUGACAGGGAUACAAGAGACAAGUACAUCAUGGCUAAGUAUGUAAAUAAGCUUUUCUGUAAAAGUGAAGGGCGCACUCAACGACCCCCUGAACGAGUAGUGAGAAAAAUAUCUCUUAAAAAUUCUCCCUCUUCUGCUCGCAAUGCUGCUAUGGUUGAGUAUAUCGGUAUAGUUCAUGUUCACGUCGUUGAGUGCCGUGACCUUGUAAUCAAAGACAUUACAAGUAGUGACCCUUAUUGCAUAGUAACUAUAGGAGCUCAAGUUAACAGGACAAAAACGGUUUAUAAGUCACUUGCUCCGACUUACAACGAGCAUUUCACAUUCUCUUGGGAUGGUUGUGACAAGCUUUUAAUUGACAUUUAUGACAAAGAUGAGUUUACAAAGGACGACAACAUGGGAAAGGUUGAACUAGAUCUGAGCCCUCUGUUAGCACAGACUGAUGCUGUUAUGGAAAAUUGGUUUCAGAUUGUACAUCGAAAGAAAGAGGACAAAAUGCAAGGGGAAAUCAACUUGAAAAUCUCCUUUAUGAAGAUCGAGUAAUAGUUAAUUAUAAUAACGUCAUUGUGUAACUUUCUUUAUUGUUGCUAUACAUGUACAUGCAUAAUUACUUUCAUGAUCAGUUCAGGUUACUGUAA